GCGGUUUCGUAGUGACGUCCUUGCAAAACGUAGUCAAGUCUUUUGUAAUAUAGAAAAAAAAAGAAAACAAUUUUUAAUAUUCAUUUUGUUUUAACAACAAUAAAAAAAUAGUGAUUUAUUUAUAAAAAUAGUGAUAUUAACUUUAAAUCAGUUUUCAUUACGUCGAACAAGGAUCCUGCAGAUAUUUUCCCAGUUUGGGGCCACACUUGGGUUAUUUUUGAACAGCACAACAAAUUUCCUGUCCAACCGUGUCCUCGCAAAACGACCUGAAUGCCACAGACAAAAAUGUAAAUAAGUAGACGCGAAGCAAAUAAAAAUCUAAAACGAAUCAACAAUCGAGUGUUAGAAGAGAGGAACAUAUUCACAUGAAAUGACACAGCCAAGCUGAAACAAGCGAUAUGGUCGCUUCUAGCGCCCCCACGCCAACAUGGCCGAGGAAGAAAAGCUACCGAUCCCGCCCACAUUUCUCGAGAAAGUUCUGUUCUACACAACAGCCACAUUCGUUCUACUCGCUACAUUCAGUCUCUUCGCGUUUCUCUUCUUAGUCCCGUUCGUCAUCGAGCCAGCAUUCACAACAAUUUUUAUGCAGUUCGAUCCAGUGGGAGCGUUAUGUGUCACCGCCCAAGUUAAACAUUUAGUUGGAGCCAGUAACUGCACGUGGGCUUCCUGUAGGGAAGGUUGCACCAAGGACCUUUACGAGUGUACACAGAUACGUGUCAACUACAAACUAGGGGAAUACCCAAACGUAACUUCUACAGAAUUUGAGAAUCUGAUCAGAGCGGAGAGAUCGUUGAGAAGGGAUUACGACUACGAAAACAAUUACGAAGUACCUAUCGAUACUAUUCCAGAAAUGGAGGACCAAGAACUGCCUGAUGCGAUACCUACGGGUCUACAAGGCAACGAUUCCGAAUGGUACUUCACUGGAGCGAGGCUCUUCCCCAACGUGAAGGGUUGCGGCUACCCGCCGAUAUUGAACUGUACCAUAUUUUACGGCAAGUACAGACCUCUGGGCACCAACUAUACUUGCUAUUACAGCCGUGUAGAUCCCGGUCUCGUAAUAACGGAUCUGGACAUGUGGCAGAAUACACUUAACCUUGUGUAUGCUAUGGCCAUACCGAUACCAUCCUUUAUAAUUUCUGUGAUAUACUUGACAGUUGCGUAUUUUAAGAUCUAUAAUACUGAAGAGGAAUCGGAGCAAGCUCCCUUGCAAAGUGAUGUUGAGGGGAUGGCGACGGGAGAUGAUGGGAAGCCGACGACUCCCGGCUCUGAUACAUUUAGAGAAGACUUGGCUUGCUUCGGCCACCAGCUAAAGAUGCAGCUGGCCAAUGAGAAACCGAAGGAAGGUUUCGAAUCUAACAGCCCUCCAAUUUCUAAUUCUGCUUCAUUGUCUGGGACCAAGUCUUCUUUCGUGAACGCCUAAUGAAAUGUAGCGCGUGGUAGAGAUGACAGGGCUCCUGAAGAUGCGGCUUUGGUAUUGCCAGGUUAUAUAAAGUGCACCACGAGCUCACAUGAACUAUAAAGAUGUAGGGACAUAAUUCGAUAUGUGGUCACAAAGCUUAAAUGCUGCUUAAAUCAUGAAAUGCUAGAAGUAGAAAGUUCAACUCGAUCACUUCGAGUGAAUAAGAUGUGCAAAAGAGAUUUUUUA